AUGCAUUGGAUUUGGCUGAUCACUGCUUUUAUUAUCAUUAAUAUCUGUCAAACACGACCUGAUUUAUCAAAAAGUUCAGAAAUAGAAUAUAUUGAUAAAGAUGGCAUAUUUCCAAUGGAAUCAGAUACUAUGAAUCUCGAAACAUCUGCAUCAAAAAAUAAUGUUGAUGGUUCCACUUAUGAAACUACUAGUGAUGCAGUAUCACGUGAAAGUCUUGUGAAAUUUAAGAAAGAUGAACGAGAUGUAUUAUCAUAUGGUAUGGCCACUAGUAGCACCAACAAUCAUGGGCAUUUUAAUUUCCUGUUAAUUAUUACUGCUCUUAUGUUAAUAAUUCAAUUUUAA